GGGCCGGGGCCGGGGCCCGGGCCGGGAGCGGCGCUGCGGGGGAGCCCGGCGGGGCAGGGGGCGAGAGGGGAGCGGGAUCGGGCCGGGCCGUGCCAAGCCCCGCCGCUCACGCCGUUCGUCUGCGCAGGGAGCGCGAUUCGGCCGCCGCCGCCGCCCCCGGAGGCUAAUUAGCCAGGAGGCUAAUCCCGGCCGGCCCCGCAGCCGCAGGAUGUCCGUGAGAACCACUCAGUCUGCUUGCUGGUGCAGAUUCCAAGGCUUUUCUGCAGCCCUACAACUGGUUUUCAGGCCUGUUUAAGAAUAUUGCCUCUGGCAGUUUUGUCUGAGGCACUGCUAUGAUAACGGAUCAAGCCUUUGUGACCCUCGCUACUGAUGAUGUUUAUUGUCAAGGAGCUCUGGUCCUUGGACAGUCGUUGAGGAACCAUACGACAUCUAGAAGACUGGCAGUGCUAAUUACACCAGGGGUUUCCAGUGGGAUGAGGUCUGCCCUGCGCAGCGUGUUCGAUGAAGUCAUCGAGGUGGAUGUGCUCGACAGUGCUGACUCGGUCCGGUUGGCUCUGUUGCAGAGGCCAGAACUGGGAGUAACCUUCACUAAGCUUCACUGCUGGACUCUUACUCAUUAUAGCAAGUGUGUCUUCAUGGAUGCAGACACUUUAGUGCUUUGCAAUGUUGAUGAAUUGUUUGAUCGAGAAGAGUUUUCAGCGGCUCCGGAUUCUGGCUGGCCCGACUGCUUUAAUAGUGGUGUAUUUGUGUUCCGACCAUCUUUAAAAACUUACAACCUGCUGCUCCAGUUUGCUGCCGAACAUGGCAGCUUUGACGGGGGUGAUCAAGGCUUGUUGAAUAGCUUCUUCAGCAACUGGGCAACAGCAGAUAUUGGUAAACAUUUACCUUUCAUCUAUAACUUAAGCAGCAGUGCUGUGUACACCUAUGUUCCUGCUUUCAAUCAUUUUGGCAGAGAUGCCAAAGUUGUUCACUUCUUGGGAGCGACAAAGCCCUGGAACUACAAAUACAACCUUCAAACAAAGAGGGUUGUGCACGAUGGCACCACAUCUGGGCCUUUUCAUCAGCUGUCAUUUCUUGCCCUCUGGUGGAAUAUAUACAGUGCCAGUAUACUGCCUUUGUUAGAAAAGCUUCAAAAGACGGAAGAAUCAGAAUCUGAAGAACGCAAGCAUACUUUCAAUGGAGUUGAAAUUACACUGAAAAAGGUUGAGCCUUCUGUGGCCAAUUCACUGCAAAUGCCUAUACCUCCGGAGCAGACAUAUGAGAUGCAUCCCACGGCUUGUCCACCUGAGGAACUCAGUUUCAAAGCUCAACCCGUAUGUGAAGUUGAACAAUGCAGUCCUAACGUCCAUCCCUCUGAGCCUGAGAGACCUUCAGAACAACUUACUUUUCAUCCUGCGUUUCAGGAAACCUCCGAACUGAAUAAGGUUACGCAUUCUGUUUCAGAGCUCUCCAUUCACCUCAAACCAGAAGAACCAAAUCCUGAAGAUGAACGGAGAAAAUGGGAGGAAGGGCGUAUGGACUACAUGGGAAAAGAUGCUUUUGAACAUAUAAAAAAGAAACUGGACACAUUUUUACUUUAAGAAGAAGUGAACUGUAAUGACCAUCAUGAUCUCUUUCUUCUAUAAAUGCAACCUUGAGCAUUUGGAUAUCUUCAUAGUUUAUUUGACACCGAAGUUGAGGGAAGAUUAACAGAUAGAGACUCUUGUUUGCUUUGUGUUUUUUUAACAGUUACAUGUGCCUUACCUUUAUUGUUCUCCAAUAGUGCCUUCUGAGGUAUAAUGGAUGAUACCUUCUGAGUCUGAAACUCUCGGUUUAAUCACUGUUCCCCUUUUAGUAUUGCCCAGGAACAGUCAUGAGUAAAGUAUGUUGGAAGUUGAGAUUAUUUCAGAGUACUUUUAUCUCUUAGAAGAGGCUUCAAAAACUUUUAAAAUUAAAACCUUUCUCUUGAAAGCAAAUUAACAAGUCCCAGGGCAACCAUGGUGUAGAUUUCAGUAUGUGAGAAAAGUGAGAUGAAAUUGUGGCCUCAUACGAGUCUAUAGCUAAACUUUUUCAUUUAAGUAUAAUUAGGUUAGAGUAAGUUCAGACUCUGUCUGAGAUCUCUAGUGGAUAUUCUCCCUGUUUUAUAUGGAAACUGCUCAGGGACCAGUGUGAUGAAGAGUAGUCUUAAAAUAGACUGAUAAUGUAUGUUAACCUUUUAUGUUCCUGCUAUAGCAUACUGGCUUUUGUUUGUUUUAAUAUACAUUAGCUGUACUUGUGUGUUCAGAGUUGCAUAGUUAGAGGAAGAAAUGCUGACUGACACUAUGGUAUAAACCUUCUGGUGCUUCUUAUUAAUUUGUUUACAGUUACUCCAGACUGCAGUUGACAAAGGCAUUCUUCUCAUUUAGCAUAUUUACUCCAGUUUGAAUGCAACUGAAAACACAGUUAGUACUUGUUUUAGUAAAUAGGCCUUUUAAAGAUCUUUCAAACAAUAGCUGUGUGUUGGAACUAAUAAAUCUGAGUGAAGAUCCAGAAAAAUGUAUUGACGAGACUCCUUUAUAUUAAGUAAUGGGGAUUGCUUUGUGAAUUUAGGUAUUUAAAUGUGACUAAUCUUGGCAAGUUUGUUUUAACAAAAAAGAAACCCUUUGAAAGAAAGAAGCUUGUCAGGCAUGCUAAUAUGAUAACAUUCAGCAGCAUUAUAAAAUAACUGUGUCAAAUCUUAGAAUGAGAAUUCUGCUCUGCUGAUGGGGGAUCUGAGACAUGUUUAUUCUUAAUCUGUCACCAAUUUUUCUACAGGUAAACGUAAUGAAAUAAUUUGGGGGGGUUUUGUAUAAAAACCAGUGGAGCAAACUUACACAGCAGAGGGAUUGCCAUAGAAUGCUAGUGAAGAAAAAAGAGGGGUAAAAAGGAAGGAAAUGGUGUUUUCUUUUUCUUCUGCCAAAAAGGAUGGGAAGAGGGGGGAUAACUUGCACAAAUUAGGAAAGGAAUGAAAGAGUAAAAACGUUCACUAAAGGAAGAAAAGUGAUCUUUGAGUAUUUUAGAAUUACACUAUUGCAAACAUGAGGUAGUAGUUACUUCUACUUUUGUGGGCUAUUUCCAGUUUUAUCUAGUUCUUUUUCUCAUUUAUUCUAAGUAUUCUGAAGGUGGGAAUUGUGGGUCUCUGUCUUUGGGUCUGUUGAAGUUAAGCUUCUAGUCCAAGUCAGGUGUUUAAGGUCUCUGAAGCUGAAGAGAGAGAUGUCCAGAAGAUAAAUCAUCUCCGUUUCUCCAUUGAUCAUAAAGGGACCCUUGAUAACUUGCCUUCCCAUGGCAGGUAACCUCCACACGUUAAUGCAGGCAGGCCGUUUCUGCAUCUUGUUUUGUACGGCCCAGCACAGCACUACCACUACACUAUUAUGCAGCGUACUGAAUGGAUUCAUGUGGCGUUUGAUAUACUGAGCUCUUUCUUAGUCACAAGUAACUUGUGCACCUGGAAAAGUACUCCAUUUUAUAAUUAUUUUAUAGUUACUGCUAAUAAACUUAAAACAGUUUUUAAGAACUGUAUAUAAUAACAAUAGUCAGCAAUGCAAACUCGUGCUUCAUGCAGCCGUACUCCUACGGUAACUACUAGAUCUUACUGGGAGCAUUACUUAGAUUACGGAAAAAAUAACUGAUGUGAAAUCAGUAGUUGAAAGGUUUCAAAAUAGGCAUAUCAAUGUCAUAAAAGGAGCUGUUAUGGAAUACAUGUGGAAAUGUUAAGAUAUAAAAUGGUAUUGUGUGUGGAUUACACAGUGUUUUGCAAAGAAAUGUAGCAGACUAAUGCCAUGGAAAUAAAGCAGGAAUGGAGAGUACCUGUGAAGUCAUGUGCUCAUCAGAUCUUAUUAAAUUGCUUUUGAAACAUUAGCACUACCAGCUGAGCAGAAUUGAAAAGUGUGAGUUACAAUUAUUUCUAUGGGCAUACAUAAUGAUAAGCUUUAGAAUCUCUCUUGAAUUAGCACAACAGUAGUUGAGUUAUUGUGUUUCACAGAAAAAAUACAGCUGCGGUUAAAAACCUUGCCCGAGUUCUUGUCUUCACACAAAAAAUGUUGAAAUAGUUAUAAAUACUGUGGCAUCUUGGUGGAUUCUAGCUCAGUACUGCUGUCACCAGAGGGUGAGAAGGAACAGCCUUUUCAGUGUAUCCAGAAUUCACAUCUGCUGUACUUGGGCAGCAUCCCUUGCUCUUUAUGGACAUCAUUGUGAAACUGGGGGGCCACAAGCAGGUUUGGAGGGCGUUAUGUGCAGCAUGUUGCCGUGAACCACAGGAUUUGCUAAGUCAAAGCAUAGCUUGGAAAUAAAACUUAUACUAAGCCUCACCCAGAAUUUCUUCCAUAUUAAGGUUUGAUGUAGCCCCAGGUACUUUUAAGGUAAAGAAAGUCAAGAAAAAUAGACUUUCCGGUAGCACCGUUCAUCCCUGGACAAGACACAUUUUCACUUCAGAAAUUUGGAAGGUGCUGUAGAACCAGCACUCUGUCUCAAUGAAAUGCUAAGGGGAAAGAUGUCAGAUUAAAUAAAACCACCAUAGAUCUCUUAAUGUCUGGUGUGUGUGGUGUGUGUGUGACUGAGGGCUUUGCCAGCAUUAAGCCCUGGUGACCUGAGAAGCAGCUGUAAGGGUUUUGGAAGGCCAAACUCUGACCUAUCUCUGUGUGGCAAACUUGGCAUUUCAAGUGGACAACUUGUAUUUGAGUCAAAAUACGCUGUCUCCUCUGCUGUCAUGGGCUUAGUUAUUUACAGCAGGACUUAGGAGGGUAGUUUCAUUUGCAAUACAGUAAUUUUAUUGGGUGCUCUUCAUGUAAAAACAGGAGAUACUGUGGGUGUGCCACAAGGAAAAUUCCUGAAAAUCUUAGACGAGUGGGUUAAUGCACUUCCCAAGCCUAAGGGAAAAGGAGAUUGUUGUUCUUGAAAUGUCCCUACUUACAGUACGUCUUGUGAGGACCUUUCCAUUUGGUUGUUCUGGGAAAAAAAGAGUUUUGUCUCUGUAGUUCGGUCUGCUCACAUCAGUUAUGUUUUGUAAGGCUGAUAUUUAGGAGAAGAAAAAAAAAUCGGUAUUCUUCUGCCUUUAUAUUUUCUUGUCCCUGAACGUGAGACUAGGUUAUUCGCAGGUGGCUUUAUACGUUUACAUGCUUUUGAAAAUGUCUGCAUGUUCAACAGAAGUGAGUCUGCAGCAUGCCUAUUUAUUCUGUGAUGGAUUCUGUUGCUUUACUAAGCUAAACUGUUCUGAUUCAUCUGACUUUGAAAAUAACAUGAGACGGACCUUUCUCUCUUAAUUCAUACCUCUAAUGAUUUUACCAUUCUGUGAGAGUGUUUAGGUCAGUCUCUGAAAAAAGUUGUACCUGUUCCCCUUUUUCCUCGGUUUUCACUAUUGUGAGGUUUGAUUAUUUUUAAAUCAGCCCUAUAAAUCAGAUAAAACGCCUAGCAGUCAACUCUAAAUAGCCUGCAAAAAUAUGCCAGUUAAUGCUUCUCAUUGAAAUACCUUGCCUUUUCAGUAUAUGGAUUGCAAAAUGCUUCAGCUGAAAGUCUGUUCUUCCUGAGCUGUCUGGCUCAUGAACAAGUAGUUUAUUUGAUGCUGAGUUACAAGGGGCAAUGCUCAAGCAAUAUGGUACCUCCUGGUAUAAGUUUUGCAUGUUUAGUAUUUGCAUAUCAUAAGUAUAGCAAAGGUACUUAAAAAUAAUACGUUAUAUAUAAAUUUAUUAUAAAACAUAAAAACCAUUAGAAUGCUUGCAGUGACAUACUCUGAAUGCAGGAAAAAGCACAGUUGCAAGCCUUUUUCUUAACUUUGCCUUGGCUGUUGCCAGGAUCCUUUAAACUCUCAGAAAAUGGAGGAGAAAAAAACUAACAUUCUUAGAGAGCCAGGGUUUGACAUGUGAUUAUUUUAAUAAUUUUCCCACCUCAGGAUGACAGGACAUUAACCGCCUUGGAGAAGUGUUUGUUUCCAUUUACAAGACUGUAGAUGGAUGUGAACCGUGAUAGAUGUAGGUGGUUUUCCUUUAGAUGUGUAAUACCAGAAACAGGUAAUUUUAUUUUAUUUUAGACUUAAAGAACUGUAAUCUUCAAAGCCUGCUCAUAUUAUUAAAUAUUCGGAACCAUAA